GGACGUAUUGUUUGUGUGUGCUUCAUUUGUCUAUCAAAAGUAUCUACAAUUAGUCCAAGUUUAUAAAAUCAAGACUAUGGACAAAUAAUAAUAUAGCAAUUAGGCCUAUUCACUUUUAUGUAUUACGUUCCUGGCUCGAGGACUAGGCCUAGCCUAAGUAGGUCCUAGCCUAGCUAGGCCCUAUGUUGUUGUUAGUUACGCGUGUGGCGAGCACUGAAUUGAUGGACUCUGGUAAAACAAGACACGGAACGGAUGAUUUUUUUUAUGCAGGUGUAGGCUACGCCCUAUACUAAAACCUGGUGGUAGCCUAGAUAGUAUUAUUCCUAGGCCUAAGUACCAGUUAAAUACAGAAUUAAUAAUAGUGGCCUAAUCAUACACUAACUCUGUUUUAUGUUCAGUAUCCCUAUUGCUAUUCAUUCAUUCAUUAUUCAAGGAUUGUGAAUUUCAACUGUCUGUACAGAUGAGACUGCUGUAGUCAAACUCACAGUGAGUGGAGUGAAAAAGGAGACAACUUGAUUAUAUUCACAGACAGUUACUGGAAAUUAUAAUAAUGGCCAGCCAAAAAAAUUGUGAAGAAAAUUAUUCCAGUGGUUCAUGGUCUAUCAAGUGUAAAGAAGAAUGUUUUGAAGUUGAUACCGACCAUGAAUACCUACACGAGCAGGACUCCAUGCUUAAACCAAUGAGCCCUGACGAUGAACUUAAUGGGACACUUGCUAUAGAUGAAACCAAUGGGAUGAACGGUAGUGUUGAUACUGACCUAAAAUACAAGCAUGAGCCACUGCAGAAAAAGAGCAUUUUAGGAACUAAUAGAAAACGAGUGCGAAGGUUUCAAAUGGGGUGGAAAAAGCAGUAUCCUUGGAUUGAUUACAUAGGCGAAUUUGAUCUUUUUAAUGGGAUUAUGGUAUGCAGAAUUUGCCGGGAGAACAGGGAACAUGCCGAUAUAAAUUCAAAGUUUUUGCAAGGGACGAACACUUUUCGAAUCGGUGCCAUUGAUGCUCAUAACAUUAGCAGAGGUCACGAAAACUGUGUUGCAAAAAAGUUGAUGGAGAGCGUGUGCUUGGAUGAAUCAAUGAAGAAUCUGUUAAAAAUGAGUGAGGAGUGUUCAACUAGAAUUCGAUUACGAAAAAAACAAAGAGAAAGGAAUAAAAAAAUGGUGAAGUUAAUGGGUAAUCUUGUAAAUGGGUCAAACAAUGAUGGCACAGUAAAUGUUUCUGAUGAAGAUCUCAGUAAAGCAUGUGAUCAAGAACAGAACAGUUCAGUAGAUGGGGGUCUUGAUAAUUCAAUUGGAAAACAAUCUCUGAAGAAAAUUAGUGACCAGAAUGAACCCAGAUGUCUUUCAGAUUCAAAGCAUGACUUCACCCCAAAAAGGCUUCGAGUGGAUAAAGAUUAUGAUAAUUUAAAAAGAAUACGUCGCUUUCAGUCAACAUGGAAAAUAGAAUAUCCUUGGCUAGAAUAUUUUGGAGAUGCUGAUCUUCAUAGCGGCUUCAUGGUUUGCACUGUUUGUAGACUUUACCCGGAAAUUGCUGAUCAGUCUUCCAACUUCUUCUCUGGAACCAGUAGCUUUCGUAAAGGAGGAAUUGAAUCGCACAACGUUAGUGCAGCUCAUCGUGCAUGCGUUUGUCGCAAGGUUCUUGAUUCAAUGGAUCAACAGCAACUUGAAACCACUGAAUGUUGUGAAAGUUCACAUACGAUGGCAGAUACUGUUUUUUCAGUGAAAGAGUAUGAGCCAAAACCUUCUGAUAUCCAAAAGAUGAAAGAAUAUUUUAGUCGUGGUGAUAAAGAGGAUUACAAGUAUAUUGAAGGUGAUUAUCAGGAUGAUUUGCCAGGUACAUCCAACCAAAACAAAUCUAAUUACAAUGGAACUGUAAGUUUGCUUUCAACGGACAAAAGAUACUCGGACACGGAACUUAAUAAACAAGUACCAAUAUUCCAAGUUGAAUGGAAGACAGUUUUUCCAUGGGUGAGAUAUAUAGGUUCCAAUGAUUGCUCAAGUGGUGAGAUGUACUGCAAACUAUGCAGAAUGCAUCCACAGGUUGCUGACACAAAUUCUCAAUUAUUUAAUGGCACCAGUACUUUUUAUAAGCAUUUACUUGAGGAGCAUAUGGAUAGUAGAUCUCAUAAUCUCUGUGUUGCUAGGCAACUUCAUGACGAAUCAUUAGCAGACUCCACUUUUCAUGUACCGCCAUCAAAGAAUCAGACUUCUUCAGGUCCUCAAGCUAAAAUUAGUUGUAAACCGUAUACACCUAUGUUUCGCCGAUAUACAGAAAAACGUAGGCAUUCUCCAGCCAAUCAGCAAAGCAAUACAAUUAAUGAAAGCUUGUAUACAAAAGAUUUGAACAGUGCAGAAAUUCGGUGGCGAUACGAGAAAGCCCCAAAAGUAUUAGAUGCCUUUGAUCCUCUAUGGAAGGAUGAAUUUGUUUGGUUGGAUUAUGAAGGUGCUCCUGAUUUGGUCAAUGGUGUCAUGGUCUGCAAGCUGUGUCAGUGUUAUCCUGACGAUUCCCCAAUGUCAGAGUUUCUACACGGUACAAAACACUUUAGUCGUAAACACUUACUUGAACAUAGCACUAGCACUGGUCACAGAGCAGCUGUCUGUUACAACUUUCUAGCCAUGCAUGCAAAAGAGAAGAAGAGUUCUUUUUUCAAAAGGGCAGCAGUAACAAGUGGUGAUCAGAUAAGAAUCUCUCAUGUAUCAAAGGCACCAGGUUAUAGGCGAAUGAUUAAAAGAGCUGUAACUAUGGAGGAAUUCAGUGUAAUGCGUGAAAUGGCGAGGAGUGCCAUUGAUGAUGCAGCAGAAGACUUGAACACCAUUAGUCAGGAGAUCUGGUCAAACCCUGAACUAGCAUUUCAAGAACACCAUGCUCAUAAGAUCCUAACUGACUUUCUGGAGAAGCAAGGCUUUGAGGUCGAAAGGAACUACAUCCUUGGCACAGCCUUCAGAGCAACAUGGGGCACGAACGGUGGCAUAACUAUCGGAAUCUUGUGCGAGUACGAUGCCCUACCAGGAAUUGGACAUGCCUGCGGACAUAAUCUGAUUGCUGAGUGCGGUGUAGCAGCUGCAUUGGGACUUAAAGCGGCUCUUGAGUUGAAUUUGGUCAAGGAUCUCAAUGCCAAGAUUGUUGUACUAGGAACGCCAGCAGAAGAAGGAGGCGGAGGAAAGUGUGCAAUGAUAGAGAAGGGUGCCUUUGAUGGAUUGGACGUGGCGUUGAUGGCACAUCCAUAUGCCUACAACGUCUCACGACCACAGGCUCUGUCAAUGUUGGAAUUAAAUAUUGUUUACCAUGGAAAAUCAGCACACGCAGCUGCUGCACCAUGGGAAGGGGUCAAUGCGUUAGAUGCUGCUGUAUCUUGCUACACUAGCAUGUCAAACCUCCGACAACAGAUCAAACCAGAUUGGCGCCUCCAUGGUAUUAUCACAAAUGGAGGUCUUAAGCCAAAUAUUAUCCCAGAUAAGGCAGAGCUGCUGUACUAUUUGAGGGCACCAGAUGAGGAGAACCUAGCCGUGUUGAAGGAGAAGGCCAUAGCCUGUGCAGAGGGAGCAGCUAAGGCCUCUGGUUGCGAGGUUACCUUAUUGUUCAAAUCUGUUGCAAUUUCAAUGAACAAUAACUUGCACCUUAGGUACCUCUAUGACAAGCACCUACAGGUUGUAACAGAGGGGAUUACAGACACCACCCUCUUUGAGAAGUACGUAGAGAUUGUACGAGACAGGAAAAUAGGUUCCAAACUCGGCGCUUACAGUGACGCGUCCAGCGAAUCGGCUGUUUGUGAAUCGAUUGGCCAUGUUGAACUGUCUAGGAAUGUUAUUAGUUUAAUCGUUACAUUUACGGUUGAUGAUGAUGCAGUAUAUGGCACACCAGAAUUUGCCGAAGCCUGUGGGGCCCCAGAAGCCCAGGGUCCUACUCUGAUCCAGGCAAAGGCACUUGCAUUGACUGCCCUGGAUCUAGUACAUCCAGGCAAUGAAGGAUUGAUUCUUAGUAUUCGUAAAGAAUUCCAAGAGAUAGAGAGGCAAGAAGAAGUCAAUGAAGUGGUAGCGGAAGUGGUGGAGGAGACCCAGGAGGAGAGCAAUGAAAUAACGUCUUAAGGAGAAAAACUUGAAAAAAAAAAUACAAAACAAAAUAGAGAAUUUUUUCAAUUAAAAUAUUAAACUGCCAACAUAGAAAAUAAACGAAAUAAUUCUAUACAUAAUUGUAUGUAUUGUUUUAACAAGGGCUGUGAAUGAUCAGUUUCUUCCAAAACUUGAUUAGCCACUCACAUUAACGAUUGUGGAAUAAAUGAAUAAAAUAAAUAAUAAAUAAUACUCAUUAAAUUUACAUUUAAAUAAUGUAUGGAAUUUCAAAAUAUUAAUCAAAAUUAUUUUUUGGUCAUAGAUUGACUAUUUUUAUCAUAUAUCUUAUAAUAUAUUUUUCUUAUUUUUUUGGAAUAAUAUUAUGGUGCUGAUAAGUUUUGGAUCAAUAUAUUUAAUUAAUGUAAAAUCAUUUAAAUAAUAUUUUCACAAAAUGUUUAAAUUCAUGGUGUUAAUUGCCUCAGAAAGAGACAAUUUCAUUUUUGUUUCAUGUUUUUUUCAUUUUUUUCAUGUAAUUUGUCAGUCCUACUGAAUUCAUUUACAUUUACAUUGUUGGUCAUGUUUUCCAAACGGAAUUGUCCUUUUCCUAUAGGAAUUAUUAAAUGCCACACUCACUGGAUGCUCCUGGUUUGUUUGCCAGGGGGUUUUGUAAAAGAUGUACGGGUAUAUAUUAAGAUAAACGGCUAAGAUAUAGAUUGAUAGUGAGUAAUACUAUGGUUUUGAGUCUACUGGAUUUUAAUUUGAAUGCGAAGCUUUCACUGAUAAGUUAAUAGGAAGGAUAUAUAAUUAUUUCAGCCAUGCUUCUUUCAUAUUGUAUUUUAAUGCAUAAGGAAUGUAACAUGUUUAUGUUAUUCCAUGUCCAGGCAUUAACUAUGUGCUUUACUAGGCUGCAAGGCCUAGGGUGAGAUAUGCAUGUUUCCAGUGUGGCCGUGGAGAAUGUGGAUAUGCUACAAAAUUGGGUAAAGAGUAUGGCUUGGCAAAAUCAAAGAACCCAACAUGUCAUGGAUAUAUUUUAAUUUGAGCAAGGAAUUGAUGCAAUAUAAACUUAAUAGGAUAUGUAUAUUAUUAAUGUUUUGCACUUUAAAUAGUAUAAAUAUUAUAUGGCAGGUUAACAAGGUAAAUGGAAUUUUAAGAAAUAGGAAAAAAGUAUGAUGAAAAGUGUAUUCCCAGAGAACGCAAGUCCAUGGAUAUUGUUCUAUUCAAUGGUCCACAGAUUAAUAUCAAAUCUUUCAAUGGAAUAUGUUUAUACAGUUUGCAUGAAGAAGUCAGAUUUUUUAUUAAAGCAUGAUUCAUCACAUCGAUUAUUAUGAAAACAGCAGUUCCAAUAAAGUGGUAUAUACAAGAAUUUUAUAA